AAGUACAUAGUCGGAAUCACCAAGUCGAGAGCUAUCUAUUGACAAUAAAGUUUGAUCCUUUGAACAUUUAACCAGUGAAAAACAGCACACGGAUUUCUCAGAAUGGCAUUUCCGUUGAGACUACCUCCCUAUAGUCUUAACGCCCCGGUUAGCCUCACUGGAAAAUAACAUCUAACUAUGUCAAUAUGCUCCUCAGACAAUACUCUACUUAUACUGAUCUCACAAAAUCUCACAUAUUUUUGAAGGCGAAUGAUGGAUUUUUCAAAACCCAUACGGAUCUCAGGGUAUUUUGCCGUUUUCUUCCGAAUAAAAGCACUUUUGGUCAAAUAUAAUACCAUAUUCGGAAUUAGCGUGAAAAACUGCGUUGAAUGGUGUAUAACUCAUCUAGUUUCGGUUGCCUAGUUUUGAAUUCUAGAAAUUUCUUAGUUUUUGAGAUCCACGCAAACAAUUUCGUGCUGAAAAUUUGAAUUUCAAGAUAAAGUAACCUGAACGAUUCGAAACAUGUUUCUUCUAGGUUUUCGACAAUGCUCUUUCCAGUAGCAUUGUUUUUAAAUAUUGAGAAAGUUUUCUGAAGGGUUUUCCAGAGACGGGAUCUCGGAAAGCUCCUUAGAAAACUUUUUAAAACCGAACUCUCAUGCCAUUAGAAAGAGGAUCAUGAAAAACCUAUAAAAAAAUGGUUCAUGAAAUUUUAGUUCACUCAUAAAGCUAAAGUCCGCCUGCUCUAGCAAAAGAUGCCCACUGUGUGUGGUAUACCAAUCACUCGUGACCUACUAAAUCCUUUUUGGUAUCCCAACAAAAAUGAAAUAUACUCUAAAAGUAUUUUCAAAUGAAAAAGCCUUGGAUUCCUUAGAGUACCGUUUAGCAGCAGUCGGGAUACCAAUUUUGUUUUUUUGCAUCUCAUACAAAACCAAAAUCCGUUUCGUGGAAGGGACGAAAUACCCUAAUAGGUUCUUUUUAGAGAGCACUUUAGGAUUAUUAACGUAUAACCACAUGUUUCAAUUCUAUAGGCUAUAAAAAUCGACCGAAGGAGCAAUUUGUAUUCCUCUCUGAUGGUUUCUUGGGAUAGUCCACAAAAUAGUCAGAUUCGUUCUCCGUUCUUUAAUAGAAAGAGUUUUGCGAUUGCAAUUAUUCAAGCAGAGCUUAAGUAGUGCUUCUUCUGGCGUAUUCUCGUCUUUAUCGGUGCUAUCAAUUUAAAUUGCGUACGUUCUUUUUCAUUUAGGAGAUAAGCCAUAAUACAUGACGUUACCAUACUGCUACAAUAACAUCCUUAUCAUUUAGUUCAGAUGGAAAGAGAUUAGCAUCAACUAGUAUUGAUACACAGUUAAUAAUUUAUACGCCAGAAAAUAUAUCUGAUGUUGUACAAGUGAAAGGCGCUCAUCAGUUGAAUCGAGUUACCUGUUCCAAAUGGCUUGAUAAUCAAACAUUAUUGACGGGUGGUAAUGAUUGUUGUUUAAAAAAUGGUAUAUUACAACAAAUGGGGCACAACAAUCGCUUCCCCGAUGAUGAAACAGAAAGUGCAUUAUUUGGUCCAUUUAGUUGGAUUUUGGGAUUCCAGUCGAAUUCCAGGGCCCAGAGAUUGGCUAAAUUAGGAUGGAAACCUCAUCGACCCAAUAUGCUCCACAGUAUUGAAGAACAAGUGGAUGCUGCGCUCCUUGAUGCGAAGAAUUGA